UGAGUGGGGAGAGACAGCCUGUCCUCUGCUGUUUUGUCCUUCAGACUUUUUCAUGAACGCAGCCUUGCUGGAAAAAAACCUUGCAGAGCGGGGGCGGAGCCUCGGCAUCCUACGCGUGAGGCGGCGCGAGGACAGGAGGAGAAGAGAGAGCCGGAGGAGUCCUGCUGCCCUCCCUCCUGUGUGGACUCACUUUGUGUCUGAAGGCGUGAUUGAUCACUGGGCUCCUGGAUGUUUUGAUGUUCUGAACCCGUCUUGGCUCGUUUUUGAGCAGAUUUUUGUUUGGUUCUUUUGCGACGUUAUCGGUUUACACGACCAGCUAGCUAGCAUAACAAAGCUAAAAACGGUAGCCACGGACCCGGCGAAGUGACGAGCCGUGGAGAAGGAUGGCUAGAGUUCGUUCCGCUGCUCCAUCUGGACCAAAUGACUGCUGACACGACCUAACGUUUUUUGCGUUUUCAAUUCUUCGGUUGUUGGUGUUACUGAAGUCUCCACUAUGGUGCAGAAGUAUCAGUCCCCCGUGCGGGUGUACAAACGUCCGUUUGAGCUGGUGAUGGCGGCUUACGAGCGCCGCUUCCCCACCUGCCACCUCAUCCCCAUGUUUGUGGCCAGCGACGUGGUGAACGAGGAGGUCAGCGAAGACGGCAGCGUCCACAAGAUUGAGCGCCGCUGUGCUCUGGACGUGGACGCCCCGCGGCUCCUCAAAAGGAUUGCUGGUGUGGAAUACGUCUACUUUAACCAGAAGAACACGCUGAACAAAAGGGAGAGAACUUUGCACAUCGAGUCCCGCAAUGAGUCCUUCUCCAACAGAGUCAUAGUCCAUGAGACCUGCUGCUAUUCGGUCCAUCCGGAGAAAGAUGACUGGACGUGUUUCGAGCAGACCGCCAGCCUGGACAUCAAGUCCUUCUUUGGCUUUGAGAGCACCGUCGAGAAGAUUGCUAUGAAGCAGUAUGCCAGCAGCAUCAACAAGGGAAAAGAGAUCAUCGAGUUCUACCUGAACGAGCUGGAAGUUGAGGGCGUCGUUCACGUUCCCCGCUGGAAUCCACCCACCCGCUCCCUGCCCCGACCAACCAGCCUCUCCACCAGCCCAGCUGUCAUCCCCAAACACACCGGCGUUCCCGCUCUCUGCGCUCCGGACGCCAGCGAUGCCAAAGAUGGCACGGGGGUGGAGGCAAAGCAGGACGGCGCCGUGGUUCAGGCGGACAGCCUCACCGAAAUCCUGGCUGGAACACCUGAAGAUAAGCUGGAUGCAGACUAUAUUAAACGUUACCUGGGUGACUUGACCCCCCUGCAGGAGAGCUGUCUGAUCAGACUGCGCAAAUGGCUUCAGGAGACUCACAAGGGAAAGAUCCCUAAAGACGAGCACAUCCUGCGUUUCCUGCGGGCCCGAGACUUCAACAUCGAUAAAGCUCGGGAGAUCCUGUGCCAGUCUCUGACCUGGAGGAAGCAGCACCAGGUGGACUACCUGCUGGAGACCUGGAACUCACCGCAGGUCCUUCAGGAUUUCUACACUGGAGGCUGGCACCAUCACGACAGAGAUGGACGUCCUUUGUACAUCCUGAGGUUGGGGCAGAUGGACACCAAAGGUCUGGUUCGCGCUCUUGGCGAGGAAUCCCUGCUCAGACAUGUGCUGUCGAUCAACGAGGAGGGCCUGAGACGCUGCGAGGAGAACACCAAGGUGUUCGGCCGCCCCAUCAGCUGCUGGACAUGCCUGGUGGAUCUGGAGGGGCUGAACAUGCGCCACCUGUGGCGGCCGGGGGUAAAGGCGCUGCUGAGGAUCAUCGAGGUCGUGGAGGCCAACUACCCCGAGACUCUGGGACGCUUGCUGAUCUUGAGGGCACCGAGGGUGUUUCCUGUUCUUUGGACGCUGGUGAGCCCCUUCAUUGAUGAAAACACCCGCAAGAAGUUCCUGAUCUAUGCUGGCAACGACUACCAGGGUCCUGGGGGUCUCGUGGACUACAUCGACAAAGAAAUCAUCCCAGACUUUCUGGGAGGAGAGAGCAUGUGCGAGGUUCCAGAAGGCGGCCUGGUUCCCAAGUCCAUGUACCGCACACCUGAAGAGCUGGAGAAUGAGGACGUUCGCCUGUGGACCGAGACCAUCUACCAGAGCGCCAGCAUCUUCAAGGGCGCGCCGCAUGAGCUCGUGAUUGAAAUCAUCGACGCCGCGUCCGUCAUCACCUGGGACUUCGACGUGUGCAAAGGUGACAUCAUUUUUAACAUCUACCACUCGAAGCGCGCCCCUCAGCCUCCACGGAAAGACGCUCUGGGGGCCCACGGCAUCACGUCCCCGGGCCUCAACAACGUCCAGCUCAUUGACAAGUCCUGGACUCUGGGUCAGGACUACAGCAUGGUGGAGUCGCCCCUCACCUGCAAGGAGGGCGAGAGCGUUCAGGGCUCCCACAUAACGCGCUGGCCGGGUUUCUACAUCCUGCAGUGGAAGUUUCACUCCAUGCCGGCCUGCUCGGCCACCAACCUGCCGCGGGUGGACGACGUGCUGGCCACCCUGCAGAUGUCCACGCACAAGUGUAAAGUCAUGUACUACACGGAGGUGCUGGGCUCUGAGGACUUCAGAACGGCUUGCUGUGAUGUGCAGAGUUUGGGCUCGAUGACCAGCCUGGAGUCCAGCCACAGCGGCUUCUCCCAGCUCAGCGCCGCCACCGUCUCCUCCAACCACUCCCAGUCCAGCUCCAUGAUCUCCAGGUAGAAACGGGAGGACCCGCACCCCCUCCUCCAUCACUACUAACGCCACCAACACGGACGCCAGCUUUCCUUCACCUCUGAACUCUGUUCACGUCGCACAACCACUCAUGCUUGCACAAACGGAGGAAAUCCUGAAAGGCAAAAAUGAUGAACUCGUACAAAUCAAAGGGCUAACUUUUGCACAAAGGAGGAGUUUGAUCUGGUGCCUGGCAGUUGGAAUCGGACCGUCGGCAGAAUGUUUUCCCGUCUGAAAAAGAACCGGACGGAGACACUGGAGGCGCUGUUACAUUUAUGCAUUUACUCCGACAAGCGUCACCUGAGACUGGACGCGCUGUUACAGCCUGCACAGACUAACCAUUUCGGCCAUUUUGUUACUGAACUUUGAUGUUUGUGGUCAGUUGUUAGGUCAAAACCGUCGAACCGACCCGGACCCACCAACAACGGGGGAGAGGGAGAACUUUGAGGGUCGUUCAAACGGUUGAAUAUCUGAGGUAACAUAGCAAUAUUAAGGUUUCUUUUUGUUUUUGUGAAAUAUUUAUUGAACUAGACGAUCAACGACGACGACUGCAGGUAUGUAAAAGCAGACGGACGAGCAAACUGAGCCAGAAAGCAACAGAAAAGUUCAACCAGCAGAAGAUGAAUGAACUGUUCCUGAGAGUCGCUCGUGGAGACGAUGCCUUGUGACAGAUCGGUGAAUGUGCUGCUGAACCAAUGAAUCCGAGGGUCGGGAUGUUACGUCGACUGGGAUUCUAGUGCGUUCUCUCCGACAGCGGCGAGAGCGAAUAAAACGGCUCAGAAAGCUUUCCGAUUUGUUUUUUUUUUUUGUAGGAGUGAAGACGAAGCCAUUUAAGAGCCAUGUGUCAAUAAAAACCAUUUUAGCCUUUGCAAGCACCACGUAGAAAUGUACCUGCUUCUGGGUCUUUGUAGAGCCAAUUCACUUACACUCAGCUUCCUCUAGAGGGCAGAAACGAGCAUUUGUAGUUACCGAGGAAAGGACAAAAGAUGGUGUUUCUUCCUGUAUUUUUGAAAAGAACUCUGUUUUCAUUGAUGAAAGUGCUCGUUUAUAACCAUUGACGGCGUUAACUGCAAUAAUAUGAAAUGUUUUGAGGGAGAAGAACGUCUGAGCGUGUGUGGAAGUUGGCUUAUGGGAAACGUGUCUGUAAUGUGUAAAUAUCUCCUAACCCCUGAGAGAAAGGUUUCCUCUUUUACUUUUAACAUCCACCUGACUCGGUUUAUUUCUCCGGAGCUUCGAUUUUCUUCAGCCGUCAGGUUUUCUGUCACUCCGGUUUGGACUCUCGGAUCUCUGAGAGAUCAGGAAAUGUCUGCGCUCGGCCGUCUGAGCGCAGUUUGUCCUCUUUUCAUUUCUGCUCAUCACUUAGGGCUAUAAGUGUUUUUGUCUGCUUCUUUCUCUCUGCAUAUCUUUACCUUGACGUGAGAGAUGCUGUACAAAGUAAAUGUUUGGAUUAACGAGAAUAUAUGACGCCUUUACAUUUUUGAGAAUAUUAAACUUGAAUAAUGAGAAUAAAA